GGAGAGGCAAAGUUCACAAACACGCAGGAGCAGAGCGAGCUGAUGUCUGUGAACCAGCUGAUCGUCCACCCAGACAGAAAGAGAGGGGAGGGCAGAGGAAAGGAGAGAGAGAGAGAGAGAGUAUGACUACUGAUGCUCCAGUAAUCUGCACCGUGUGAGUCAGUGCUGUUGAAAGCAAAGCAGCUACAGAGACAGCGACUGCAGCAGCGUGAGCCACGUUUCUUUCUCACGAGAAUCAACAACACCGAGUAGCAGGAUGACAGCACUGAAUCGCUAACCAAGAGGAGGAAGUGAGCACGCGAUAUAGAAAAGGAGUGCGACUGAAGCAGACGUCCGGAAGAGAGAGGGGCGCGAACACAAAUCCACAGCUUCUUCAUGAGAGUCGCUUUUUUCUCAGUAAACAAAAAUACAGAUUGACAACUGUGAUUAUCUAAACUAAUCCAGAGGAAGAGGAAGUUCACCGGUAUAUCUCGGAGGACGCAGCAGGUUAAAGACUCAGCGCGGUGUAGAGAUGUCCUGGUUGUCUCCGGUCCAGUGGGCCAAAUGGACCUGGACAGCAGUGACUGGGAGUGGGGGGGACAACGAGGGGCAGCCAGGAUCCAAGGAUGAUGGAGAGGACAAUUCAGACUCAGAGGGGACCUUUGAGACUCCAGAGGCAGAGUCUCCGGGUGUUGUAAAGCUUCUGAGCCAACUGGACAACUCCAACCAAUCAGGUCUUGCUGAUGUAACAAAUCACUUUCUGGACAAGAACUCAAAUCAGAGUGUGGGUGCUGUUUCAUCUCAAGAAGUUGAUUCCUUAAACAAUCUCGCCGGCUCCUCACAAAACGGCAGCAGCUUUGGUUUGGACCAGAACCUUAACCUGACCCUCAGCAGCAAAUCCAGUCCUCGUGAGGGUCUCUCCCCGUCCAGCUUAAUCCCCCAGCCUCACGCCCUACGGCCCCCGUCGCUGUGUGUCCUCUCCUCGCUAAACAAACCAGAUCCUUCAGAGGUGGACGAUGAGGCUCCAGUGACGUCUGACUCCAGCCCGGACUCAAACUUGAUCCCCAGUCAUGGCAUCUGUGUGGACCCUGAUUUACUUAACGGCAACUUGAACUCAAACACAAAACACAGCCCUAUUAUCUCAAACUCUUGUAAAGCGCAGCAGAACCAGCCCAUCCAAAAGGACCUCAACGAACAGGAUGAGCAUCACAGAGACCAUGCCACAGAUGAAGAGAAGUUGGCAAGUAGUGUCAGUGUCAAACCAGACAAGGACGAGAGCAUUCCAGACUGUCAUGUGACAUCAAAACCUGAGGACUCUGACUGCUGCUCUGUAUUUGAGGACCCAUGCAAGCUGAAGAACAAGUUGGGGGGAAGUGAAAUGCAGAAAACAGGAAGUCAGGUCCUGGAUUCCAUCUGCAUCAGUGAGGCAGAGAAACAGGCUGUUCUCACCCUCAUUAGAGAGGAGAUCAUCACUAAGGAGGUGGAAGCCAAUGACUGGAAGAAAAAAUAUGAGAGCAGCAGACAAGAGGUUGCUGAGAUGAGGAAAAUAGUUGCUGAAUAUGAGAAGACAAUAGCUCAGAUGAUCGAGGACGAGCAACGCAGCAACCUGAGUUCCCAGAAGGCUUUGCAAGCUGUGACGGCCGAGAAGGAAGCAGCCCUGGCAGACCUGAACUCAGUGGAGCGCUCUCUCUCUGACGUGUUCCGGCGUUAUGAAAAUAUGAAGAGCACCCUAGAGGGCUUUAAGAAGAACGAAGAGGUGCUGAAGAAGUGUGCUCAGGAGUAUCUGUCCAGAGUCAAGCAGGAGGAGCAAAGAUACCAGACACUGAAACUUCAUGCUGAGGAGAAACUAGACAAGGCCAAUGAUGAGAUAGCUCAGGUGCGUUCAAAGGGGAGCUCAGAGAGCAUGGCGCUGACCGCCAGUCUGAGGAAGGAGCAGAUGAAGAAUGAGUCUCUGGAGCAAAGUCUGCUGCAGAAGAAUCAAGAGAUCGAGGAGCUCACAAAGAUCUGUGAUGAGCUGAUUGCCAAAAUGGGUAAAAUAGACUGAGAGACAGUUUCUGAGAAUCAGCUCCCUCUGUCCCUUCAGUCCUGGCCAACACUGACGAUAUGCAUGUCCCCCAGCAGAGACCCAGCUCUCAUACCUUUAACCAGCCCUGAAUCAGAGACUGCUCAUGUACAGAUGUCUAAAGUAACUUCCUGUACUAAGAUUUCACUAUUUGACACCAGAAUCAAGAGGAUUCUGUACACGUGAACUGUUAUUUGAGUUGGGACCCUACUAAGUGUUUAAGAUCAUGUUGUUUUGUCGGCAUUUCUGCCCGUCCAUCGUGCCGGCCAACAACCUACUUGUGACUCAACGUAAAGAGCCCAUAUUCUGCCCUUUUUGGGGUUCGUAUAUUUAAUCUAUGUAUCUACUUUUGUGCGUUCACAAUAGAUA